GAGUGUUUGUAAAGCGACUAAUUAGGUUUUUGGACCGGAUCGCACUUUGGGUUGGCAACAGUGAUGGGAACGUCAACCGGUGACAUAACCUCAAAAUUUCGUUUUUUUUUCAGUCGAGUUUUUUUGAAUUUUUUGAAUAAAAACACACCAAAGGCGCGUUUUUCGUUAAUCAGUGAGUUACAACUAACCGGACUGCGUAAUUUCGUGUUAAUUAAUGACAAAAACCGAAUUUAGUCAAGUGCCAACAAGUCAAUUUUUUUCCUAGAUAAGUAGCACACACUUAAUUGGGAAUAUGCGUUGAUAGAUAAGUGAAACUUGGCUCGAGAGUGUCCAAAUAAUGUUAGUAAAAUGCCCACGAGUUAAACGCAUCUACUUGAAAGUUUUUACGGCGGUGUUUAUUAUCGCAAUUUUAAUACUUUUUUUGCAACAUUUCAACGAAAAACUUCCGACUAAACCUGUAUCAAAGUUGGCCAGACUUUACGAGAAACAAAUUAGGGAUUAUGAGAGGAAGAUUAUCCCCAAUUUGGGGCACAACGGCGAGGCGGCGUUUCUGGAGGGCCAGGAUGCCAAAGAGGGAGAAAAGGCUUUGAAAAAAUUCGCACUUAAUACGGUCCUGAGUGACAGGAUGCCGUUAGAUAGGAAAUUAAGGGACCCAAGAAAUCCUAAAUGCAAGACUUUUACGUAUAACCCGAAACUGAAAGCUUCUGUUGUUGUGAUAUUUUAUAACGAGCUUUUGAGCGUUAUUUUGAGGACCGUCUGGAGCGUGAUUUUACAAACGCCCAAAGAGUUACUGGAGGAAAUUAUUCUAGUGGACGAUGCAAGCACUGAAGAAAGCCUCAAAGGCCUUCUGGAUUAUUACAUCGAGACCCGCCUCUCCUCGACCAAACUCCGCCUCAUCCACCUCAAAACUCGCAUGGGUUUGAUUCGUGCCCGCCUCCAAGGGGCGCGCAUUGCCACAGGGGACGUCCUCAUUUUCCUGGACGCCCACUGUGAGGCGACCACUGAUUGGAUGGAACCCCUCCUUUCCCGCAUUGAACAAGAACCAACCGCCGUCCUUGUACCAAUCAUCGACGUGAUUGAAGCCAACACCUUGGCUUAUUCAACCAAUGGCGACACGUCGUACCAAGUGGGCGGGUUUUCGUGGUCCGGUCAUUUCACCUGGAUUGACAUCCAGAACGAAGAAGACAAACAUAAACUGACUCCGGUCAAGUCACCAACAAUGGCCGGGGGUUUGUUUGCCAUAGACCGGAAGUUUUUCUGGGAAAUUGGGUCUUACGAUGAACAGAUGGAUGGCUGGGGUGGGGAGAAUUUGGAAAUGAGUUUCCGGAUAUGGCAGUGUGGGGGACGUCUGGAAACGGUGCCUUGUUCCAGGGUUGGGCACAUUUUCCGGGAUUUUCACCCGUAUUCCUUCCCGGAUAACAAGGACACCCAUGGGAUUAAUACGGCGCGACUUGCCCAUGUGUGGAUGGAUGAUUACAAGAGGUUUUUUUUCAUGUACCAACCAGCUUUGGAGAAUAAUCCAGUGGUUGGGGAUUUGACACAUCGUAAGCAAUUGAGGCAAAAAUUAAGAUGUAAGAGCUUCAAAUGGUAUUUGGAAAAUGUCUAUCCCGAAAAAUUCAUCCCGGAUGAGAAUGUCUACGCCCAUGGGCAGGUCCAGAAUGAUUAUGGGAUGUGUCUGGAUGACCUCCAGCUAGGGGAGGAUAAAAUCGGGCCUUUGGGACUGUACCAGUGCCACCCAUAUUUGGCAAUGUCGCAGUAUUUCUCCCUGAGUUUUAAAGGUGAGCUGAGGAAGGAGAAUUUCUGUGCCGAAACGUUUGGCGUGCGAGAGGUACAAUUGACGGAAUGUCAUGGUCAUAAAAGGGAACAAUUUUGGAUGUUUUAUAAAAAUGGAACAAUCUAUAAUCCCACGUCUGGGAAAUGCCUAAGUAGUGCUGGAGUGGAAAAUGGAAAAGGAGUCCUUGUGGAAAAUUGUGCCGAUAGUAUUUUCCAGAAAUGGAGUUUUACGAAUGUUAAUCGAACCGCUCUUGUGGUGUAAUUAAAUAUUGUGAUAAUUUAGAAGAACGGGUUUAGGAGACAGGUCAAGGUCUUUGUAUGUCUAUCACGUAUGUUAAAGUGGUGCUCUUCCUAUAAGUAUAAAUGUACAGUAAUCGCCUGUAACUAUUACUCGUUGGUUUGUUUAAUAAACAAAUUUAUUUUU